AUGAGUGCACCAAACAAUAAUAAUAAUAAUAAUAAUACAUCACCAAGACAAACAACAACAUCACCAACAACAACAGCAGCAGUAACAACAAAAGCUCCUGGACCAUUUCAUUCACAUUCCACACCUCAAUAUUUAAAUUGUGCACCAAAUUGUAAUACAUGUACAUCACCAAAUGUAAAUUCAAUAGAGAUAGAUCAAUUGAUAGCUAAUAAUCAUGCCUGGUCAACUAGAAUCAAACAAGAGGAUCCAGGAUUUUUCACACAUUUAGCAGAGGCACAAAAACCACGUUUCCUUUGGAUCGGUUGUUCCGAUAGUCGUGUUCCAGCUGAGCGUUUAACUGGUCUUGAAAGUGGUCAACUAUUUGUUCACCGUAAUGUAGCCAAUUUGGUAAUUCACACCGAUUUAAAUUGUUUAUCGGUUGUCCAAUACGCUGUGGAAGUAUUACAAGUUGAACAUAUCAUCAUUUGUGGUCAUUAUGGUUGUGAGUUGGGUUUAAUCAAUAAUUGGUUACUUCACAUUAGAGAUCUCACCUUCAAACACGCCACUAUGAUCUCAAUGUUGGAGGGCAAUAGAAAACGUCUCUUGGAUACCUUGUGUGAAUUAAAUGUAGUAGAACAAUGUUUCAAUUUAGGUAAUUCAACAGUUAUGCAAUCCGCCUGGAAAAGAGGUCAAGAUGUUAAAAUUCAUGGUUGGAUUUACGGUAUUCAAGAUGGUUAUCUUCGUGAUUUAGGUAUCACUGCUUCAUCUCGUGAUACUUUAGAAUCAAAUUAUAAAAAUUCAAUUCAAAAAUUAAAAGAAAAUAUUUCAUUAAGUACAAGUAACUAA